AUGUCGUCGUUCGCCGGCGUGUCUGUAGUCGACGGCGACAAGGAGUGCUCUUGCGAUACAUCGGCCGUCCACGCCGGCGCCGACAGCGGGUAUCACCUGCUCAUGGUCAGGGGCUACCCGAGGACACAAGAGGGGUUGCCCACCGGCGACAGCAUCGCCACUGGUAUUUUCAAUAUAGGAGGCCAUUAUUGGUACAUCCAGUACUACCCCAACGGCUUAACCCUGGAUUGCGCCGACUACAUUUCCCUCGAUGUAGCCCUUGUCUACGACAACGAUGAUGCCGAGCGUGGCCUGGCCGUGGAGGCCAAGUUCAGUUUCAGUCUCGUCGACCAUGUUGAGAAGCAGAAUCCGAUGUACAUUUGUGAAGCUAGCAAGACUUGCACCUUCUCCAGCAGUGCUACCUCGUGGGGCCGCAAUAGGUUUCUGAGAAGAGAUGCCCUCGAACGAUCGUCGGAUCUGAAGGGUGGUUGUUUCACCGUCCGGUGUGACAUCAUGGUUGUUUGCCAGGAUUCGGAAACCGAGGACGCCGGUCGCACCCUGUCUGGCAUACACCACCAUUUUAACAAUCUUUUGCAGACCAAGGUGGGUGCUGAUGUGACGUUCGAGGUCGGUGGCGAGAGGUUCGCUGCCCACCGGUGUGUGCUUGCAACCAGGUCGAAAGUAUUCAUGGCACAACUCUUUGGCCCCAUGAAGGAGGGCACCACUACGUCCAGCCUCAUACAGAUCAAAGACAUGGAAGCAAAAGUGUUCAGGGCUUUGCUUAUUUUCAUCUACACAGAUGUGUUUCCCUUGCCCUUGAGAGAGGAGGACAGGAUGGGGGAGGAUGAAAUGUCAGUAGUUAUGGAAGAAGCAAAAGAAGCGGAGGCAGUACAGGAUGAAAUGAGGCUGCAUUGUUUGCAACAUUUGUUUGUGGCAGCAGACAGGUAUGAUCUCCAACGGCUCAAGUUCAUCUGUGAACAACAGCUGUCUGAACACAUAGGUGUGACCUCGGUGAUGUCCACGCUUGCUCUAGCCGAGCAGCACCACUGCCAGGGAUUGAAGGAGGCGUGCUUCAAGUUUAUCCAAGUCCAGUCUCCCUCGUGCUUGCAAACAGUAAUGUCAACUAAUGGCUGGGACCAUGUAUAUACGACCUAUCCCUCGGUUUUUAAGGAGUUCAUUGCCAACCUUGCUUUAAACCAGCGGAAGUAA